AUGGGCCAACAGCAGUUGGCGCCGGCCCCUCCAGGCUGGAUGCUGACAUCAGCCAGCUGCCUGAAAGAUUGCGACACAUCAGAUUUUCAGGUUUGCCACUGCCUGAUUUAUCUCGCAUGCACAGCAGGCAAGGAAGAAUCGGAAUUGAAGGAGAGGCGAGGCAGCCUGGACAGCAUAGAGGAGCCCAUCACUCCUGGCAGGACAGAGAGGACAGGGGCAGGGAACGCCUCACAGCGUCCUGAGUCCCAGGCAGACAAGCAAGCAUUGUUCGACUCGCUGUACGAGGAGGCCAACAAGCUGCUGAAGAACCUGCACUUCCAGCGCCUGCUGCGGCACGCCCCGGCCAGCCCUGACAGAACAGAUGCGCGCAAGGAGGCCUCAUUCUGA